AUGGAAGAAGAAAACGGUUACGGUGGAAGUAGCGGUUCAACGCUGGAGACUUCAAAGGCAGAGAGAUCGGUGUGGUUAAUGAAGUGUCCGGUGGCUGUUGCUAAGUCAUGGCAGAAUCAUCCGCCUUCUCAACCGCUCUCUAAAGUCGUUUUUUCUAUUGAUCCGCUGCUUCCUGAAGACGAUCCUGCUCAUCUUCAGUUUACAAUGGAGAUGUCCGGCACUGAAUCUGUGAAUAUGGCAAAAGCUUAUUCUUUGAAUAUGUUUAAAGACUUUGUUCCUAUGUGCAUCUUCUCUGAGACAAGCGAAGGUGACAAGGUUGCAAUGGAAGGGAAAGUAGAGCAUAAGUUUGACAUGAAGCCACGUCAUGAAAACAUUGACGAUUAUGGAAAAUUGUGCCGGGAGAGGACAAAGAAAUCUAUGAUUAAAAAUCGACAAGUACAGGUUAUUGAGGAUAUUCGAGGAGUGCACAUGAGGCCAAUGCCUGGAAUGGUUGGCUUAGUUUCAUCCAAUUUUAAGGAUAAAAAGAGGACACAGCCAGUCAAACAAACUGAUACAAAGAGAACAAGAAGAGAUCGGGGAGAGCUGGAGGAUAUUAUGUUCAAACUAUUCGAAAGACAGCCUAACUGGGCUUUGAAGCAACUUGUCCAAGAAACUGAUCAACCCGCGCAAUUCUUGAAAGAGAUCUUGAAUGAACUGUGUGUAUACAAUAAAAGAGGUGCCAACCAAGGAACUUACGAGCUGAAGCCUGAAUAUAAGAAAUCGGUUGAAGAUAUAAAUGCUGAAUAA